UCUUAACCUGGAGGAUCAUUAACUCUUUCUAUCAGCUGGUGAGUUGCGGUGGCUCGGCAAGUUGGUCCUGGAGGCUCCUGCUCAGGAAGGCCAGGGAGGAGGAGUGGAAUCACUUUUUCAUGGGGGACCAGUUUGAGAAGGGCCAGCAUGCUCUGCUCAAUGAAGGAGAAGAGAAUGAGAUGGAGAUAUUUGGCUACCGGACUCAAGGCUGCCGGAAAACUCUCUGUCUUGCUGGAUCCAUCUUCUCCUUUGGGAUCCUCCCUUUGGUGUUUUACUGGAGACCCGCUUGGCACGUGUGGGCCAAUUGUGUGCCGUGUUCCUUGCAAGAGGCAGACGUCGUGUUACUGAAGACAACAGAUGAAUUCCAAACUUACUCAUGGAAAAAGAUAAUGUGGAUCUACCUGUCAUCAUUAAACGGUGCAUCUGGUGUCACUCCUGACCACCCUCUCAUUACAGAUGAGGAGUACGUCAUAAAUAGAGCCAUCAGAAAGCCAGACCUAAAGGUGAGAUGCAUAAAAGUGCAGAAAAUAAGAUAUGUUUGGAACAACUUAGAAGGACAGUUCCAAAAAAUUGGCUGUUUGGAAGACUGGCUCAGUUCUGCCAAGAUACACCUAAAAUUUGGAUCAGGUCUAACAAAAGAAGAACAAGAGAUUAGGAGGCUAAUAUGUGGGCCUAACACUAUUGAUGUUGAAAUCACACCAAUUUGGAAACUACUCAUCAAGGAGGUUUUAAAUCCAUUUUACAUAUUUCAGCUCUUCAGUGUCUGUUUGUGGUUUAGUGAAGACUAUAAGGAAUAUGCUUUUGCCAUCAUAAUCAUGUCUAUCAUGUCCAUAGCUUUGACGGUGUAUGAUCUCAGAGAGCAAUCUGUAAAACUCCACCGUCUAGUUGAGUCACAUAAUAGCAUUACAGUCUCUGUAUUUGUGAGAAAAGCAGGAGUCCAAGAGCUGGAAUCAUGUUUCCUGGUACCUGGAGAUUUAUUAGUUUUGACGGGGAACAAAGUACAAAUGCCAUGCGAUGCCAUCCUGAUUGACGGCAGCUGUGUGGUAGAUGAAGGCAUGCUGACAGGAGAAAGUAUUCCAGUGACUAAAACUCCAUUACCCAAACUGGAGAGUGCUGAGCCCUGGAAAACACAGAGUGAAGCAGACUAUAAACGACAUGUCCUCUUCUGUGGGACAGAGGUUAUCCAAGCCAAGGGAGGGUGCUCUGGGACCGUGAGAGCAGUGGUGCUGCAGACUGGAUUCAACACUGCAAAAGGGGACCUCGUGAGAUCCAUUCUCUACCCAAAGCCAAUGAAUUUUAAGCUCUACAGGGAUGCCAUCAGGUUCCUCCUGUGCCUUGUGGGGACAGCAACCAUUGGGUUGAUCUAUACUUUGUGUGUCUAUGUGCUCAGCGGGGAACCUCCUGAGGAGAUAGUGAAGAAAGCCCUCGAUGUCAUCACAAUUGCAGUUCCUCCUGCCCUGCCUGCUGCUCUGACUACGGGCAUUAUCUAUGCCCAGAGGAGGCUGAAGAAGAGAGGCAUCUUUUGCAUCAGCCCCCAGAGGAUCAAUGUAUGUGGACAGUUAAACCUUGUCUGCUUUGACAAGACAGGCACCUUAACAAGGGAUGGUUUGGAUCUCUGGGGAGUCGUGCCCUGCGAUAGGAGUGGCUUUCAGGAAGUCCACAGCUUUGCCUCAGGGAGGUCUUUGCCGUGGGGCCCUCUGUGUGCGGCCAUGGCCAGCUGCCACUCUCUGAUCCUUCUCGAUGGGACCAUCCAGGGAGAUCCUCUGGAUCUCAAGAUGUUUGAAGCCACCACCUGGGAGAUGGCUAUUUCUGAGGAUGAUUUCCACAUCAAGGGAGUGCCAGCACAUGCCAUGGUAGUUAAGCCCUGCGAAACAGCCAGCCAGGUCCCAGUUGAAGGAAUAGCAAUCCUGCAUCAGUUCCCAUUCUCAUCAGCACUGCAGAGGAUGACAGUCAUUGCCCAAGAGAUAGGGGGUGACCGGCUGGCAUUCAUGAAAGGUGCACCAGAAAGGGUGGCCAGCUUUUGCCAACCUGAGACAGUACCAACUAGUUUUGCUAGCGAACUUCAGAUUUACACAACACAGGGCUUCCGAGUCAUAGCACUGGCAUAUAAGAAGCUGGAAAUGGAUCACCACACCACCUCCUUGACAAGGGACAAAGUAGAAUCAGAUCUGAUAUUUCUGGGAUUGCUAAUCUUGGAGAAUCGGUUGAAGGACGAGACAAAGCCUGUUCUGGAAGAGCUCAUCUCAGCCCGGAUAAGGACUGUAAUGGUCACAGGUGACAAUCUUCAAACUGCAAUAACAGUGGCCAGAAAGUCUGGAAUGGUUUCUGAAAGCCAAAAAGUCAUUCUCAUUGAAGCGAAUGAAACCACUGGAUCCUCAUCAGCAUCUAUAUCUUGGAAAUUAGUAGAAAAUAAGAAACACAUUUCAUACAGCAACCAGGAUAAUUACAUUAAUAUCAGGGAAGAAGUCUCUGAUAAUGGCAAAGAAGGAAGUUACCAUUUUGCCUUAAGUGGAAAAUCCUUUCAGGUUAUAAGUCAACAUUUCAGCAGCCUACUGCCAAAGAUACUGAUCAAUGGGACCAUCUUUGCAAGAAUGUCUCCUGGGCAGAAAUCCAGUCUGGUGGAAGAAUUUCAGAAACUGGAUUACUUCGUAGGUAUGUGCGGUGACGGGGCCAAUGACUGUGGGGCUUUGAAAAUGGCUCACGUGGGCAUCUCGUUAUCAGAGCAGGAGGCAUCUGUGGCCUCACCGUUCACUUCAAAAACUCCAAACAUUGAGUGUGUACCUCACCUUAUCAAGGAAGGACGCGCAGCUCUCGUCACCUCCUUCUGCAUGUUUAAGUACAUGGCUCUGUACAGCAUGAUUCAGUAUGUUGGUGUUCUGCUGCUCUACUGGGAGACAAACAGCCUUUCAAAUUACCAGUUUCUGUUCCAGGAUCUGGCCAUCACAACUCUUAUUGGCAUAACAAUGAAUUUGAAUGGUGCCUACCCCAAGCUGGUGCCUUUCAGGCCUGCAGGACGGCUGAUCUCUCCACCUCUGCUGCUUUCUGUGAUUUUCAACAUUCUUCUCAGCCUGGCUAUGCACAUUGUGGGCUUCAUUCUGGUUCAGAGGCAGCCUUGGUAUUCCAUGGAGAUGCACAGUGCCUGCAUACUGCAAAACGAAAGUAUCUCAAAGUUAACUAUUUCUCCAACUGCUCCAGGAAACAUUGGAAAUAACGGUGCCUUCACAAGCUAUGAGAACACUACCAUAUGGUUCUUGGGAACAAUCAACUGUAUCAUUGUGGCUCUUAUUUUCUCUAAAGGAAAACCAUUUAGGCAGCCCAUCUAUACAAACUAUAUAUUUGUCCUUGUGCUGGUCAUACAGCUGAGUGUGUGUCUAUUCAUUCUAUUUGCUGAUAUUCCAGAAUUAUAUAGGCGUUUGGAUCUGCUCUGCACUCCUGUUGUGUGGAGGCUCUACAUCAUCAUUAUGCUCAGCUCCAAUUUCAUUGUGUCCCUUGUUGUGGAGGAGGCCAUCAUUGAAAACCGAGCCCUGUGGAUGUCAUUCAAAAGGUGUUUCGGUUAUCAAUCAAAAAGCCAGUAUCGGAUAUUGCAGAGGACCUUGGCAAAUGACCCUAGUUGGCCGCUGCUAAACCAAAUGUCCUACUCUGACACGCCAGGGUGUGAAAGUGGAGUGUCUUACAGCAAUCCAGUAUUUGAGAGCAAUGAGGAACAACUCUGAAGCCAGCGUGAUAUCGAAGUUGACAAACAAUUACAUAAGGAAUGAGUUUCAGUGAUUUUCAAGCAAAUAGACUCUUCUAAAAUCAACGGAGUUUUUGGAAUCAAAAACCCUAUCCAAUCGUGGUGGCAAAUUAGAGUCUACUUGAUAAAAUACCUUCUACAGAGCAGAACACUGUCCCAGAAGAGUGCUUCCCUCUUGGCUUCUGAAAAUACUGAUGGUGUUGGUGAAAUAAGAAUGGGCCAAGGAUGGCAAUUGACCAAGUGCCUGAGAGGCUAAAGGACAAGAAGAAUAUAUAAUCUUUCUUCUUAGAUAACAUAUUUUUUAAAUGAAUUGUGAGAAUAUAGCACUAUGUGUAGUCAUAGUGAAAGAUCAUUUUUGAAUUUGUAUUUUAUUGGUGGAAAAACAAAUGCAUGGGAACCAUCACACCAAUCUUCACUGUUUGGUUUCCUUUCCUUUAUAGUACAUUCAGGGUUGAGACAUUUCCUUCUGCUUCUGGCUUUCCCCUAUGUACUAGUAAAGAUGGGCAAAGCUGAUGCUGCAAUAACAAACCACUCCCUUGUCUCAGUGGCUUACCACACAAGAGUUUCUUUUGUGGUCCAGGUGAUUCUAUCGACUAGCUCUCCUCCGAGUGGUGACUGCUUCAAUCUGUCAGUCCCACCGACUGAAAACAAGGAUUCCAUGUUUACUGUGAUGGGGAAGGAAGAGUCUGGAGAUCACACAAGGGCUUUCCACUGCCUCAUCCCAAAAGAGGCAUGCAUCUCUUCCACUACUCACAUCUUAUUCAUCACUGACUUGGCAAAGGAGCUAAACAGUACAGUCUGAGUUUAGAGCUGGUUUCAUGGGCAUAUGACCUGUGCCAUCACCUAGGGGGCCAUGCUUAGAAGAGACCCACACUCAUUUUAAUGCUUUGCUGUUGCCAUCUUGAAAUUCUUAAUUUUUGAACAGAGGUCCCCACAUUUUCAUUUUGCACUCAGCCCCACAAAUUAUGUAGUUUAUCUCACUUGUGUUCCAGAAAUACUGACACUGUUCUCUGAGCUCUGCAUCUCUUGCUCCUGUGAGCCUCUCCUGUUUUAGGAACUCCACAUCUCACUUGUCCAACUCGAGGUAUUUCCACUCCUCUGCCCUAUUAUUUUGGAGAAAAGAUAGUCUUGUGCUACAACAUUGUAUGUUAUCAUUGAUGUUAAGUCCCCACACAAUUUACACCUUCCUUAAAUCUGAGGCUUCAGUUUUCAGAAAAUAAAAAUUGCCCUUAUUUUAUCACUA